CUGGGUGAAUUAGAACCCUGCAAAACAAAACCAAUUUUAUUUAGUCGUAAAUUGAAUCCAGCCCAUCAUUUCCCAUUUUAUUAUUUGAUUUGUGCUUGUAGUUACCAGUUAUGGAAGUUGAUCGGGUUUUUGUGUUACGAUAAAACCAUAACGCCGUUAGAAGAUCUUUUCUUCCGCUUGAUUCAGGUUGAAACUGCCUGGCGCGUGGGUCCAAGCUUAUCAGUUUUGAACUUCUUAAUCUGUUGCCGUCUUUGCGCACACGAAAAGCUGUCGCGUUCUGAAUGUGGUCUGGAACGAGUCUGUGUUGUCACCAGAAUAACGCACAUGCUAAGAUUUCCAGACUACAACCCAUUGAUCCAUGAGUUCUAGAAGACCGGCAGCUGGUUGGCGCCGAGGAUCUGGAACAAGCCGAAGCAGGAACUCGUACGCGUAUCAAGACGAAGAAUAUGAAGGACCUGGAGGUCGCAGAACGCCGUCGGGGCGGCCGGGGGCUGUCGCGGCUUCCGCAGUUCGGGGUGUGGUGUAUGAGCACGACGAGGAAGAGUCUGCAUACAGCAGCCGCAGAUCAAAAGGUUUUGACAGACCUGCUCGUUCAAGUAUCCGCGGCAGUCGUGCUGCUGCCCGGGCUGCGCGCAGUGUUCGGGAGCCGUUUUUUGCUUCCGCUGGCGAGCGUCGCACCGCAGUGUCCACCGACGGAAUUGGUAGUUCCUUAGUGCGGCACAUCGCUGUUUAUGAUCGAGAAGCGGCAGCAUGGCUUCGUACAGAAGAAGGAUUAUCGGUACACAUUAACAGAAUCAUUCGUGCUGUGGAGAGUUUGGAGGAGCGUUUACGCACCGAAAGCUACAAUGGAUAUUCGGGCAAUGUAUGGGAGGCGGAUGAUCCCAUAAGUAACGCUGUUAAGGAAAAAUAUCAGGAACUCCAAUCCCGCUUGAUGGAAUUAUUAAAAAUUUUGGAAAAGCCUUCAGUUGCGGUCGUUGAGGAAAUGUCGGACGGAUUUUAUUUACUCCUCAGCGUCAUGCAUGUACUGCUCUUGAACAGAGAGGUCCCAGAAUUUUGCGAAGAAACAGUUGCCAAUAUUAUGGCGGCGGGUGCUUUAAUUGGAAUGAAUCAUGGCGAUUCACACAUGGUUUUGACAUGUACAACUGACCAUUUACGGGAUUCUGAGACAGAUUCGGUUUUGCUGGCAUUUCAGUACGUCUUGUACAAGGUUAUCGACGGUGACACAGAUGGAACGAAGUUGUUUGGCACGGCUCAUAAAGUUUUGGACGCUCAGAUGGACAUUCUGGAGACAAGAGACGAUGAAAAUAUUGCUGUUUCCGCUUUGAAUAUUAUCGGGGCCAUUUGUGUGCGCCAUCCACAAGCCUUUAAGACGCGAUUUUGGGAUAUUAUGGAUUUAUUUUUCGGAUGGUACGUGGAUGCGAUGCCUACUGACCGCGUUUUUGAAGCUUGUGUCUUGGCUUUUGGACUGUUCAAGGAGAAGUUCAAGCAGGAAAUUGAUUGGGCUUUCAGCAUGGCCAAACAGUUUACUGUGGACAUGGAAGAUGCGGUUGUUUCUUACCAAAAUGCCGGAAAGGAUAAAACAGGCGCAACUCACCACCAAGCGGCUUUCUUGGCUUUGUUUCAACUUUUCGCUCUGGUACAUCACGCCGUGGCAGAGAGAAUCCGGGGAUCAGCUCGUAUUCCUGUGGAAAUCGAAACGCGACAAGCUGUCAAAGCUAAUAUGACCAGCAUUUUCAAGGCUUUUAAUCAGAUUCUACAGGCUUCAAAUCCGGGAUUUGCUAAACUGGCAGAACGCGUAAAUCGCACUUUGAUUGUGGUGAUUACGGCGCUAGGAAGUGAGUGCACGACAAUCAGCAGCUCCCUCAUUUUGUAUGCCCGGAUGCUACAAACAUCAACAUUUCGUCUUCAUUCUGCUUUGAAGAUGCACGAGCCCUUGAUCGAUUCACUGUUCAGAUUAGUGGCAACGAUUAUUCGCUCCAUUGGCGAACAUUUUCCACGGGAAGCAGCAAAAGAUCUUUUGGGUCCAGAUUCGCUGCUGUUUGCUGCUGCACGAUAUCAGAUUUUUGUUCCAUCUUUACGAAGCGUGGUUGAAGCACUGAUAACAUACGCAGCCGCUCCUGUGAAAGAUUUCGUUCUGCGAUCUUUUGCUGCCGACUACCGCCGCACCAUGAUGAUUCUUGUGGAAAUUCACAAAGACCCAAACAGGAUGGCCAGAUUAAGGGCACCCAUCAAUGCAUUGACAUCAUUUCGAAAACCAGCCAGCGAUAAGUUAUUUGAACAAGAUCGCAGUGUUUCUCCAACGGAUCCAUUAGCAAAAAUGAAGAGCUUAUGCGGAGAAAACAAGGUUCUUCUCCCUGACGGGAUGGAAGAUGACGCUCCUCCAACGGAUAUUCCGGGCGUAACCAACAUGGAAACAAGUGGACAAAUUUAUCGGGAGCGCGCAAUGGUGCACUUGUUCCUAACUCAGUUAUGUUUAGUUUUGGACCAACCGAUUGAUCAGGAAUUUGUUGAUGGAUGUUACGCGGUUCUAAUGAACGAUAUGGACGAUAGUUGGAUUGAAAGCUUUCCUGAAGUACUGAUUGGACAUAUCCAUGUCGCCAAAGCGUUGUGGCAGAAAAAAUGUGCAUCUCUGGUCGUUAAGGAAUUGAUGAAAACCUCCCAUACCCUGGUCAGCGUGUCGGCAGCGGAUAAAGAAUUUAUUCGUGCUACUUUGCGUUUCUUGGACGGAAUUAUGGCAGGUGAUCAAGCGGAUAUCGUUUUGCCAAUUAUAAUGGAAUGGACGAACGAUGCGUUGCGAACGCUUGUUGCCUUUAAUGCUCCACUGAAAAGUUUGGAAAUCGAAGUGGAGUACAUCAAACUUGUUCACCAUUUUAUGCGUUUAAGCUGGGGUCCGUCUCCUCAUGAUAAGACUGCCGCAAAGUUUCUUUCGGAUCUGUUCAUAACUCACUGGGAGGUUCUGAAGUCUGUAAUUCCUGACAGCAUGCUGGAAAAGAUGUUCUUCAUUUGUCAGCUGUCGUCAGUAGAAAUGGCCAGUGUUGGAGAAACAAUUCUCCAAAAUUCAUCGUUACAGAAUGUUUUACGGUGCACAUAUUUUCCUGCUGCUGAAAAAUCCUCUGAAGAGAUAUUUCCGUCACGAAGUGAUGUGAAUAAGUGGAAAAGUGUGAUUUUUCAAAAUACCAGUGUGGGAAACGCUGAUCCAGUUCUUAUUCGUGCACUCAUGGAAUUAUUUAUGGGAUUGCGAUUCGGAAAGCGAAUGCAUUCGGAAAUACGCCAGUUAAUCCCCGAUACAUGGGAAGCCACUCUGUCGGAGGCGGUUGCACACAGCGAAGAUUUGGGGUAUUAUUACGUAAUAAACCAAAUUGCAAACAGUAUAUGUCAUCAGAAAAUGCCGGGAAUCUUGUCCUCACUUGAUAAUGCCCUGAACUUCUUAUCAGUUCUGGCACAAGUGUAUGCGCCAAUAAUUUUGGAUCACAAUAAUUUUGUGCACAAAUCGCUUUUGGAGCUGUAUAUCGGAAUGAAAGACGUGGGACUCGAUGUCGUGGAUGAAUGGGAUGAGCUCAAACGAAAUGCUGUAGAAAAGGCAGAAGAUGGCAAUGAAAUCGACGUGCCCGUUCUUAAUACUCAAAAGGCAGCAGAAAAGCGGCGAAUUUAUUCGAAGCUUGGCGGAAUAACUGCUAAUGAUGUGACCGCUCCGAAAUUAUCGUGGUUGGACACACAAAUUCAGCUGUACAACAUUCUGCAGUUUGCGGAGGGUGUGGAAAAGAGCUUGGAACGGAUGCUGUAUGGCUCUGCACUUUUUGCCAGUGCUCUGAAUGAUGCAGACUGGACGAUACACAUGAAGCUUGUCAAGGAACUGUAUUCGUCAGAGAAGCACCUUGAACAGCAUCAGACGACUUUAAAGACAUUGCGAAACCAUAUGCUACGGAUUUCCAUGAUUACUGAGGACGACUAUUUGGUUGCUCGGUUAGGAUAUCCAGUUUUGGUUGCAUGCAUGCAGGAUGGAAUCGUCUCCGGGAUUGAUGUGGAGAAACUGGCGGUCACGCUCUUGUGGAGUUUAUUGCGUUUGCAAAGCACGUAUCUGGUGCGAAAUCUGAGUGCCUUGAAUGAAAUGAGUGAAGUGGAAACUGGAGUGUCCCAGAAAUGCUUUGAUAUAGCCAAAUGCAUGGUAGAUCAAAGGUAUGAUCAUGCUCUCGCGGAGACUAACGGAAAAGCGGUUGAUGGAUUAACGGAUGACGCGUUUAUUGAUUUGGAUUACUUGGAAAGCGAACUUCGAGCCGAAUGUUUCGCAAAAUUGAACAACUGGAAAGGCCUUUCAAACCUUGUGGAUGAGUGUGAUAGCAUUGGUCCUCGAACCGAGCAGUGGAAUUUGUUGUCCUCGUUAAAUAGUCCAGAAUCAUCUUUUACAGAAGAGACAUUUAGCAACACCCUGGAGCAUAUCAGACAGCUUUUAAACGGAGAUAAGCUGUCCAGACUGAAUGGAUCGGAAAUGGCUGCAUAUCUCGUUAGAUCGGAGAUACAAACCGAUGUCACACAGGAGGCGCUUGACAGUUUGCGAGAUUUGCAAAAAUUGGAAAUGAUUCGGGGAAUUCCAAAAAUUUGUUCGCGAACUUCGAUUCUUUUACAUGCACUGGAAAGAACGAAAAUGGUUUACGGGGCUGACGAUUUGGUUUCCAAAUUUCCCCUGGCAUCGAAUCCUCCAUUGGACAUCAGAGGUCUGGAUAUAUCCACUCAGCAUACCGCUUGCCGUUGGCUGUGUGGCAGUCACCGGUUCGUUAAAAACUCCAUGGAGAUUGAAGCAUGUUGGGAUCCGGAAUUAUUUCUCUCUGUGGUUAAAUUUGGUCGGAAAACGGAAAACUCAUCGUUGGUAUAUGGAUAUUUGAAAGACUACUUUGGCACCAGUACCAUUUCCGACGACGAAGACUCUUCCAGUGACAGCACACUCGACAAAUUUGAAAUGCUGAGUGUUACGUUAGCGAAACUACUUCUGAAAGCAUCGGAGACAACCUCAAGCUUUCGGGACCUUAAUCUCGUUCGAGAAGGCGUAAAGUUUCUGGUGGACUGCGGAGAAUUCGGUGCUCGUAGCAGAGGAGUGGAUGUGGCGCAGCACAUCUGUCUGAGCGCUUUUCGCAUCACCCAGGAGGCACCCGAUACGGCGGGCCAUUGUUUGGUAGAAGUUGCGAAGACUUUACAGGGCAUUGGCGAUCUUCAUCGCUCCGCCAUCGGAUUUGCCGAAGAUGAGGCGUACAGAGUGCAGAAAUCAGUGGGAGAUGCAACGGCAAUUAUUCGCUUUCAUAUGGAUGCGAUGUACACUGACGCCGGUUUUGCCCCGGGAAUGUUCGUCGAAAACCCAUCAUUCAGCGGAUUCAUGACUCCCAGUGAAAUUACUUCCGGUCUCUUGGCCGAAUUGGCGUACAUGGCCCAUUGUAUGGAAGGAAUGUAUACAAAGCCGGCCAUUCUCUUCGGAAAUUGGUGUUAUCAGCAAGCUUACAGAAUGCUCACCUCGCUGUCAAAAAUGCUUCCCGAAGACAUUGUUACCUCUCUUAAUGCUUCAUUGCCAGAUGUGGACUUGUCGCACUUGAGCCCCGGCAUCAUUUCCCACAUUGUGCAGCGCUAUAUGGACAAUCUCCCCUUGAGAGUUGGUCGUCAGACUAUCAGGGCUGUGGUAGACAUUUUGAAGGAAGUCCAGGAAUCCGUUGAAGUAAUGGCUGAACGGGUGGCUGCUGAUGAGGGAGUGCCUCUGGACGGAGUUUCAGCGGUUUAUUACUGUCGGCAUCAUUUUACCGAAGUGGUGGAGUUUUUUGUCCAGGCAACACAUGUGUAUUUUGUGUAUUUACGAAGACCCAAAGGCAGCGAUUAUGCAGCCGUUGUUAUAAAUCGUUUAAUGGAGAUGUUGACAGCAUUUCCUGAUACUCUGCACAGCAUCUGGAUGGAAGAACUACCCAAGCACGAUGUUGUAAUAUGGAAAGAAUUUGGGCCGCAGCUUUUGGGACGACUGCACCAUCCGAAUCAUUUGGUGGGACAGUGUAUGAUGGCACUGAUUUCAGCCCUGGUGGCACGUUUUCCGAAUGAUAUGUUGUAUUCCUUGACGGUUGGACGCAUGAUGGCCUUUGACGAGAAUAUUGGUGGUGGAGCGUGUGUGCCUGGUUUAAAUGCAGAGCAAAUUGAAAGCCUGCAAAGGCAUUACGGCGCUCUCACAGAUGGUGCGAAAGAUGUCUUAGGUAACCUGGUGGAAGGCGGGACUGUGUUUGCGACCGAAAUACAACGUAUUAGCUUGUUGUCCGAAGAACGUUGGAUGCACUUCCUGCUUUCUCAACAGACAACUAUAAAAAAACAAAUAAGAACAGCUAUAAAAGAAGCGCUAGCAUUCAGCAACGGUACCCGUGAUGAAAGCAUACAGGAAGAUGAUUCCAUUACCGAAGAUGUUCGAACUCCGUAUUCCGAUAUGGAUUUAAACUUCGACCAGAAAUCCAGUAGCGUGUUCUCUGACGAAUUUGCGGCUGUUAAUCCUUUUUGCGAUCUGAACGAACUGCGGAAAGAAAACGCUGAGUUGGUUAUUCAGUCACGCGAAGGCACGCCGGACGAGAAUGAGAAUCAACGGGAGGACAUCGAAGAAGAAUGGAAAAAGCCAGGGAAGCACUACAUUCGGUUUCAGACAUAUGCCAGUCAGAGCUGGAAAACUGCUUUUCGGCUACCACUUUAUCAAAAAUCUAUUGAGGCGAUAUACCAGCAACUCGUGUCACUACUGGAGCUCUCCAUUGGGGAAGCAGUAACUCCUGCAGAAGCGGAAUUCGUCGGCGUAUUUCGAAAUCGGCUCAGUGAAGCGAUCCAACUGCUGUACAACCCUCCCGCUCGAGUGGAAUUCGACGAGGACUUUAUUUGGGCUCCUUUCGGAGAAAUUCUAACGAUGCUGGAAGAGCGACAUUCUGGAAAACGACGAGGAAGUCUAGCUGUUAACCAUAUUACCGUGCUUCCCGGUGUGCUUUCCCGCUGGACCAGCCUACCGAUUCCGGGAUUGGAGAGCAGUCUUGGCAAUGUGGUUACUAUUGCCGCUGUGGAAGCGUAUGUGGAUAUUUUACCAACGAAAACCAAACCCAAAAAAUUAGUAUUCCGGGGAAAUAAUGGAAAACGAUAUGCAUUCCUGUGUAAAGGUUUGGAAGAUCUGUCACAGGAUGCCAGGAUCAUGCAGUUCUUGAACGUAUCGGAUGCUUUUUUAAGACGCAGUUUGAAAGCCGAAAAAAGUGUUCCGCGCGUACGAACUUAUUCAGUAAUUCCGUUUGGUCCGCGAGCGGGUUUGAUUCAGUGGGUGGGAGAGUCUACGUCGCUGCUGACAUUAUAUCGAAGCCAUUUAGAGCGCGAAUCGUUCUUGGGACGCCAGAUCUUUGCUGUCAACGAAGACAAUUUCGUGGAUGUGCCGGUUUACGGGCAAAUCAAAACAAAGAACGAUGCCGCACAGCAAAACUUGACCUUCAGAGUUGCUGAAGAAGAACUGCAGGAUCUGUACGAAAACAUCCAAGAUAUGAAAGCGGAUGCAACAUUGUCCGAAGACCGUAAAUCCAGUGCGCGCUCGGAUAAAGUGGAAGAUAAUACGGAUUUUUUCGACAAGUGGGUUGAUUCGGAAGAUGAAUUUUCGCCUUUGGAAUUUACGGAAGCAUACUAUGACACGGUAGUGCGCAAAACAAAAAAAGAUUUGGAGAAACUGCAGCAAGGAGGCGAUGAUGUUUCUGUUCGUGUACACCCAAAUUUGCACGAAUUGUACAUGUCAUACUUGGUGAAAAGCUUGCGGAAAGAUAGUUCGAUUGCUUGGGAUAAGUUUCGUUUGCACGAGCAGAAUCGGACCAAAAAUAUCGAUAUUGUACAUCUGCGAAAUGCACUGGAAAGUCUUAUGAGAAUAACCCCUUCCGAUUUGCUUGCACGGGAAAUUUGGUUGGCAUGCUCGUCUUCCGAAGAGCACUGGCGCGUAAGCCGUUCCUUUGCGCAGAGUCUAGCGAUGACGUCAAUCCUGGGCUACAUCAUUGGGUUAGGAGACCGGCAUCCCGAUAACGUUCUGUUUGAUUUCCAUACGGGUGAGGUUAUUCACGUGGAUUAUAAUGUCUCCUUUGAGAAAGGACUGCGCCUGAGUGUGCCCGAGCGUGUCCCUUACCGACUGACACCAAAUCUGGUCACAGCCCUCGGUCACGAAAGGAUUACCGGAACGUUUCGGGAUUUUGCUCUGAAGACUCUGGAGACACUGCGAAAAAACCAGUCGGUGUUAUCGCUUCUUGUCUCCAGUUAUGUCACCGAUCCAUUGAUUGACUGGACGACAGAUAAAAACGAAGCGCUUGGCGUAGGACCAGUCAAACGACGGUCCAACUCUGACGAUAGCGAAACAGAUGAAAAAGCCGAACUGUUCAGUUUGAAAGUAUGGACUCGUAUCCGCGAGAAAUUGCUGGGUUUAGAUGGCAUCGAUGGUAACCGGUUGGACGUUUCGAGCCAGGUCGAUCGCACCAUUACAUUGGCGACAGAUCCAAAUAAUUUGGCUCGGAUGUUCGAAGGCUGGGUGGCAUGGGUGUAGAAAAGCCGACGAAACAAAUACUUACGUCAUCAGACAGCUUUCUGGCUGUGUGGAUCUGUGCUUGGGUCGACUGGGCGCCGGCGCGCACUUCUUUUUCCUGUCGCUCUGACAGCGAAGACGUCGGAUAGAGUAGUCCUGUUGGUUCGGGCCAUGGAAUGGACAAUGAUACAACAAACUCCGGUCCGCAACAACUAUUCGAGUCGCGUUUCAAAUGAAGCCAGUCGUGCCCGGCACACGUUGUCUGUUUAACUGCACCGUCAGUCAUCGUUCGUUUGCACUGUUCGAUUUGUUCUGGUGUUUUGGUGGUGGUACUUUGGGGGCAGCACCCCCCGGUCCAGGAAGGGCCGGUGUGGUCUGUCGCUGUUGGUGUUAUCCUCUAACCAGAGCUGGAUGAUUAUUUCAUUUGGAAUGAUGGUUUCGCUUUUAUUAGGCAUGGUCAUCUUGUGCUUGUGUUCUUGUGCUUUUCUGUCGUCUGUUAUUUGUACAGAUUAAUUAGCGGUUAAAUAUUAUUUAUCUCAGCUUGAUGUAGUUUCGUUUUCACGUGCUUGACCUUGAUAAGGUAUUACUAAUGAUGUACGGUAGCUGAGCAUGGGUUAGAUUAAAAUUAAAAGUAUCGA